AUUCCUUAAUAGCUUUUUAUUUAAGCAUGGACCACAGUUCAUACACACAUUUUUCUGUCGCAAUGGAGCAUACAGAGAAAGGCAAGAAGCCAGAUAUCUCAGAGGACGAGAUAGGAGAGACAAGUGAGAGGAUGGAUAGUUCACAGGACACGACAGGAGGAACCAGUGAGAGGAUGGAUUGUUCACAGGACACGACAGGAGGAACCAGUGAGAGGAUGGAUAGUUCACAGGACACGACAGGAGGAACCAGUGAGAGGAUGGAUUGUUCACAGGACACGACAGGAGGAACCAGUGAGAGGAUGGAUAGUUCACAGGACACGACAGGAGGAACCAGUGAGAGGAUGGAUUGUUCACAGGACAUGACAGGAGGAACCAGUGAGAGGAUGGAUAGUUCACAGGACACGACAGGAGGAACCAGUGAGAGGAUGGAUUGUUCACAGGACAGGACUGAAGAAAAAAGUGAGAUGAUGGAUAAUUCAGAGGACAGAACUGAAGAAAAAAGUGAGAUGAUGGAUAGUUCAGAGGACAAGACUGGAGGAACCAGUGAGAGGAUGGAUUGUUCACAGGACAGGACUGAAGAAAAAAGUGAGAUGAUGGAUAAUUCAGAGGACAGAACUGAAGAAAAAAGUGAGAUGAUGGAUAGUUCAGAGGACACGACAGGAGGAACCAGUGAGGGGAUGGAUAGUUCAGAGGACAGGACAGGACAGCCCACAUUGAAUAAGAAACAACAAUGUAGGAAAGGUAGACGAGGCAGGAAACGUAGGAAAGGCAAGAAGCUAGAUAUCUCAGAGGAUGAGACAGGAGGAAGAAAUGAGAGAAGUGAUAGUUCAGAGGACAGAACAGGAGGAAGAAGCGAAGGCAGACAAAAUACACAGGGCCAGCAGAGGACAAUACCUGAAGACAACUCCAAGAAGGCUGAACCCUCAGUUGCUUUGCUUGCUCAUCAAGAGUACCUAAGGGACGAGCUGAAAGACAGGCAUGCAAUGCUCACCAGAUAUACAUCUGACGGCAGAGUCAAGCUGGAAAUUCAAGAGGAUUCGCUGAUUUUAAUACUUGAGCUCCUCCAGGAAAAGAACAUUUGGGGCAGAGAGAGUCAGCUGAGGGAGAGGGAGAUGUCGGACCUGAAAGCCCAGCUAGAUAAGAGUCAGGCUGAUGUCCACUCAUCACAGAUAGAGACUGAGGAUCUCUGUAGUUCCCAUCAGCUCCAGAUUAGUGAACACAAAGCAGAGACCAUGAAGAUCACAUCUGCCCUUAAAGAAGCAGAGGAUCUGCUGGAGACUAAGCAACUCCACUGGCAGCAGGAGAAAUCUUCCCUGCUGGAGGAGAUGGAGAAAUCCAAGGCUCUCUAUGUAGCUCAGCUGGACGGGCAGAGAGAAGAGAACAACACCCUUGUAGCUGCUCUGAGAAAUGUUGAGCAGGAGCUGGAGAGUUGUCAGGUGAAGUGGCAGGAGGAAAGGAAAGACCUCAUUCAGGCCACAGAAAGAUUCAAGGAGACUGUGCAGGAAUUGGCCAAGAGUGAGGAAGAGGCUAAGAAGACUGUGGAAAGAUCCCAUGCCUCCUAUCAACUUCAGAUUAGUGAACACAAAGAAGGGACCAGGAAGAUUGCAUCUGCCCUUAAAGAGGCAGAGUCUCUGCUGGAGACUGACCACCUCCACUGGCAGCAGGAGAAAUCCUCCCUGCUGGAAGAGAUGGAGAAAUCCAAGGCGCUCUAUGUGACUCAACUGGAUGAGCAGAAACACGAGAACAACACCCUUGUGGCUGCUCUGAGGAAAGCUGAGCAGAAGCUGGAGAGUCAGCAGAUGGAGUGGCAGGUGGAAAAGACAUCCAUCAUUAGUGAACACAAAGCAGAGACCAUGAAGAUCACAUCUGCCCUUAAAGAGGCAGAGUCUCUGCUGGAGACUGACCACCUCCAGUGGCAGCAGGAGAAAUCCUCCCUGCUGGAAGAGAUGGAGAAAUCCAAGGCUCUUUGUUUGACUCAACUGGAUGAGCAGAAACACGAGGACAACACCCUUGUGGCUGCUCUGAGGAAAGCUGAGCAGAAGCUGGAGAGUCAGCAGAUGGAGUGGCAGGAGGAAAAGACAUCCAUCAUUAGUGAACAUGAAGCAGAGACCAUGAAGAUCACAUCUGCCCUUAAAGAGGCAGAGUCUCUGCUGGAGACUGACCACCUCCACUGGCAGCAGGAGAAAUCCUCCCUGCUGGAAGAGAUGGAGAAAUCCAAGGCGCUCUAUGUGGCUCAGCUGGAAGAGCAGCAAAAUGAGAACAACACCCUCGUGGCUGCUCUGAGGAAAGCUGAGCAGAAGCUGGAGAGUCAGCAGAUGGAGUGGCAGGAGGAAAAGACAUCCAUCAUUAGUGAACACAAAGCAGAGACCAUGAAGAUCACAUCUGCCCUUAAAGAGGCAGAGUCUCUGCUGGAGACUGACCACCUCCACUGGCAGCAGGAGAAAUCCUCCCUGCUGGAAGAGAUGGAGAAAUCCAGGGCUCUUUGUUUGACUCAACUGGAUGAGCAGAAACACGAGAACAACACCCUUGUGGCUGCUCUGAGGAAAGCUGAGCAGAAGCUGGAGAGUCAGCAGAUGGAGUGGCAGGAGGAAAAGACAUCCAUCAUUAGUGAACACGAAGCAGAGACCAUGAAGAUCACAUCUGCCCUUAAAGAGGCAGAGUCUCUGCUGGAGACUGACCACCUCCAGUGGCAGCAGGAGAAAUCCUCCCUGCUGGAAGAGAUGGAGAAAUCCAGGGCUCUUUGUUUGACUCAACUGGAUGAGCAGAAACACGAGAACAACACCCUUGUGGCUGCUCUGAGGAAAGCUGAGCAGAAGCUGGAGAGUCAGCAGAUGGAGUGGCAGGUGGAAAAGACAUCCAUCAUUAGUGAACACGAAGCAGAGACCAUGAAGAUCACAUCUGCCCUUAAAGAGGCAGAGUCUCUGCUGGAGACUGACCACCUCCACUGGCAGCAGGAAAAAUCCUCCCUGCUGGAAGAGAUGGAGAAAUCCAGGGCUCUUUGUUUGACUCAACUGGAUGAGCAGAAACACGAGAACAACACCCUUGUGGCUGCUCUGAGGAAAGCUGAGCAGAAGCUGGAGAGUCAGCAGAUGGAGUGGCAGGAGGAAAAGACAUCCCUCAUUCAGGCUGCAGAAGACUUCAAGAAGAAUGUGCAGGAACUGGUCAAGUGUGAGGAAGAGGCUAAGAAGACUGUAGAAAGAUCACAUCAACUCCAGAUUAGGGAACAGAAAGCAGAGACCAGGAAGAUUGCAUCUGCCCUUACAGAGGCAGAGGAUCUGCUGGAGAUUAAGCAACUCCACUGGCAGCAGGAGAAAUCCUCCUUGCUGGAGGAGAUGGGGAAAUCCAAGGCUCUCUAUGUGGCUCAACUGGACAAGCAGAAACACAAGAACAACACCCUUGUGGCUGAACUGAGGAAAGCUGAGCAGAAGCUGGAGAGUCAUCAGGUGGAAUGGCAGAAUGAAAGGACAUACCUCAUUCAGGCUGCAGAAAGCUUCAAGGAGACUGUGCAGGAACUGGCCAAGAGUGAGGAAGAGGCUAAGAAGACUGUAGAAACAUCCAAGGCUUCCCAUCAACUCCAGAUUAAGGAACAGAAAGCAGAGACCAGGAAGAUUGCAUCUGCCCUUAAAGAGGCAGAGGAUCUGCUGGAGACUAAGCAACUCCACUGGCAGCAGGAGAAAUCCUCCUUGCUGGAGGAGAUGGGGAAAUCCAAGGCUCUCUAUGUGGCUCAACUGGACAAGCAGAAACACAAGAACAACACCCUUGUGGCUGAACUGAGGAAUGUUGAGCAGAAGCUGGAGAGUCAUCAGGUGGAGUGGCAGAAUGAAAGGACAUACCUCAUUCAGGCUGCAGAAAGCUUCAAGGAGACUGUGCAGGAACUGGCCAAGAGUGAGGAAGAGGCUAAGAAGACUGUAGAAACAUCCAAGGCUUCCCAUCAACUCCAGAUUAAGGAACAGAAAGCAGAGACCAGGAAGAUUGCAUCUGCCCUUAAAGAGGCAGAGGAUCUGCUGGAGACUAAGCAACUCCACUGGCAGCAGGAGAAAUCCUCCUUGCUGGAGGAGAUGGGGAAAUCCAAGGCUCUCUAUGUGGCUCAACUGGACAAGCAGAAACACAAGAACAACACCCUUGUGGCUGAACUGAGGAAUGUUGAGCAGAAGCUGGAGAGUCAUCAAGUGGAGUGGCAGGAGGAAAGGUUAUCCCUCAUUCAGGCCACAGAAGACUUAAAAGAGACUGUGCAAGAACUGGCCAAGAGUGAGGAAAAGGCUAAGAAGACUGAAGAAAGAUCCCAGGCUUCCUAUCAACUUCGGAUUAAGGAACACAAAGCAGAGACCAGGAAGUUAGCAUCUGCCCUAAAAAACGUAAAACAUCUGCUGGAGACUGAGCACCUCCACUGGCAGCAGGAGAAAUCCUCCCUUCUGGAGGAGAUGGAGAAAUCCAGCGCUCUCUAUGUGGCUCAGCUGGACAAGCAGAAACACAAGAACAACACCCUUGUGACUGCUCUGAGAAAUGUUGAGCAGAAGCUGGAAAGUCAUCAAGUGGAGUGGCAGGAGGAAAGGUUAUCCCUCAUUCAGGCUGCAGAGGACUUUAAGAAGACUGUGGAAAGAUCCCACACCUCCCAUCAACUCCAAAUUAGGGAACACAACGCAGAGACCAGGAAGAUCACACCUGGAUGGAUGGCUGACAUGACAAAAGUAAAAGAUGUCCCUCAGUCAGGCCACAAGGUUUUUCAAGAGUACACCGCAGGAAAAGGAGCUGGAGUGGGAGGGACAAGAAAUUUCCAUGAUGUCCCAGCUGGAAUAUCUAAUGAGGAAGAAGAUGAACAAGAUGAAAUGGUAUAGAAAGCUCUCCCAGUGGCCUGAUCCACAUUCAGAAACUGACAGGAGACUCAAACCCAUGCAGUUGUUUUCCCUGUGCAACCAGUGGUUUUUGGAUGCUCCGGUUAACAAAGGUUAAUUGAAGAAGAAAUUCUUCGAUUAAAAGAAAAAAAAUAUGUGAGAUCAGAUGAUACCACCUUAACACCCAAAACGGCCUUUUGAGGGUCAUGACUCAACUUUUCCCUUUGCAAGCAGUGGUUUUCUCCGGGAUGCUCCGGUUAGCCAAUUUUAAUUGAAGAAGAAAUUCUUCGAUUAAAAGAAAAAAAUAUAUGAGAUCAGAUGAUACAAUCUUAGCCCCGACCCCAAAGCAGCUUUUUGAGGGUCAUGACUCAACUUUUCCUGCACAACCAGUGGUUUUCUCCGGGAUGCUCCGGUUAACCAAUUUUAAUUGAAGAAGAAAUUCUUUGAUUAAAAGAAAAAAAAUAUAUGAGAUCAGAUGAUACAACCUUUACCCUCCAAAACAGCCUUUUGAGGGUCAUGACUCAGCUUUUCCUGCACAACCAGUGGUUUUCUCUGGGAUGCUCCAGUUAACCAAUUUUAAUUGAAGAAGAUAUUCUUCAAUUAAAAGAAAAAUGUAUAUGAGGUCAGAUCAUACAGUCUUAACCCCCCAAAACAGCUUUUUGAGGGUUUUGACUCUUGACUUUUCCUGUGCAACCAAAAAAAAAAAAAAAAAAAAAAACCACUAACAGGGGAAAGUUGUGGGAGGACAGCAGUGGGAGGGUGACAGCAAUAGCGAUAGUGGGUUUUGAGGGUUUAGAGAUUUGUUAGGGUUAGGGUUAGUUAGGGUUAGUGUGUGUUUAACGUGUAGUGUAAUGGUUUUUUUGUUUGUUUGUCAAAACAAUGAGGCGACCACUGAAUGUGGAGCUCUUCUUUGAGCUGGAAGGAGCAUUGCCUGCAUUUUAAUUUUUUUUUUUUUUUUUUUUACACCAUUUUAUAUUUGCAAUUUAAGUUAUACAAAUGGCUCAAUAAACAUGUUUGUGGUUUUCGGGGUAAAUAAUCUAACUUUUUACUACUCAGAUUUUGUGUUUUUUUGUGUGAUUUUAGGUCCAUUGUGUUAAUGCAGUAUUUCAAAAUGAAAAAAUAACUGUACAGUUCAAUAACAUAUUCAAUAAAGCUUGGUGUUUGUUCCAAAACCAG